AUGUAUAAGCGUGGCUAUUAUAGUAAGGGUAGAAGCCCAGUAAAUGCUAAUAUAGUGAAUCAAAAGGGUAACUAUAAAACCUACAAUUCUGCUGGUGAAAUUAUUAAUGAUACUAAAGCUACUAGUAAUAUUAAAGGUGAAGUAUUUGAGUAUUAUUCGAGUCCAGUCAAUGCAGAUAAAGCUGAUAAUCUUAGUCUUGUGAAGGGCGAGGUUCAAACAUCAGCUGUACGAGAUCAAAACUUUCAAAA